CUCUGUGCAGAAGGAGCACGUCAGGCAAUGCACUGAAGAACAGCGCCACAUGACGAAGUGGCAUUUUCACUUUACAGCAAAUUCCUUUCCUUGGAGUGGAACUGAAUAAAUGACAAGGAUCUCUUUGCUUCAAUGUAUGUGACAGAGGAGUCUGGUGUUUUCCAUUGUCAAACACGUACCAGAUGACCAUCCUUGUGUCAACGCUGAUUCAGAGCAAAGCUAAGUUGCAGGUAAAGUGUCUGUGUAUGCUUAUGUUCCUGAGCUUCCCUCUGACAAUGGCUGAGGUCCCUGGUCCAUGCAGACACUCCAUCACAAGAGAGCACCUGCUGACAGUCAGACAUCUGAUGGAUAACCAGUUAAGAAGCGGGUGCUCCAUCACCUACACGUUCACAGAGCGGAGGAGUUUGAGCAAAUGUUGCUUUGUUAAAGCUGCUUUACCAUGGAUCCUCGAGCUCCUUACCACCCACUUCAAAUAUAGCAGAGGUUCAGUCAAUGACGGCUAUGUUCAGUCCCUGAGAGCGCUCAUCCUGAACAUCUACUCUCAGAAAUGUGUCCCUCAAAUAAAUGAGGAGGUGGAGGAUAAGCCAGAGAGUUUUGAGAUGCUGUACAGAGGGUCUCCGUCAGAGGCGCUGCAGAAGGCUUCAGAGGUGCUGUCAGCUUACUGGGAACUAGUGACGACCAGUGAUGCACCAGUCGAUUGGCGCUGCCAGCAUGAAUACACAGAAAGCUUUGGCUCAACGACAGAGCUGUUUACAGAGUCACCCACAGAUAAUUUUACCGAAAGUUACGGUAGCAGCUCAGAAAAAGCCACACACAGACGAUCAGAGAAAGACCUGUACAAGCUUGGCUUCAUCAUCGCCUCCAUCUGCGGAGGACUGCUGUUCAUCCUCACUCUCUACUGUCUCAUCACACAAAAGAAAGCCCACAACCUACACAGAUCAAUAUCAUACACAAACUCAAGCAGAGACCUCCAGGACCUAGAGAUGGAGCUACAAUAAUGCAGUAAAGAGCACAUCGCUGCAGCAGCAGAUGGAGCACAUGUGAAGCUGUACAUUUUACCCAUCAUGAACAAGUUUCCAUAGCAGUACCGUGUGUGCAACGUAUCAUGCUCACCUAUUUAAUCAGCAGCUUGGCUUUGACUGGAAGCAGAGAUGGACCCUAUUUUGAAAACCAUGCUAUGUAUAUAAUGUUUAUGCGUUAUCUACUGCAGAUAUCUUUUCAAGUCCACUAAAAAAAAAGUUUUAUUUUUACACUAGUCAAGUAUGUUGGGUAAUGUUUCUCCAUUUGCUACCACUUAACCAAAUGUUUAUAAUGUUUGCAAAACACUAUGUUAUUUAUUAGUUUGACUUUAUUCCAUCACUGUACUGAUAAUAAAAAUGCAUUAAUACUGAAUUCAAAACAAGAUGCUGUCCAGCAAGCAGUGCAUUGAUACACAAAUUCUAUAAAGUGACAUCUGGAGAACAGACGAAGGCCUUAUUAAAGAAUUUAAGCUACGGUUGAAUUUUACUCUGCACUUUAAUGAGAGCCAAAAUGCUUUAUCAUCAUCUAAAGUGUUUUCCACUGCUUUGGAAAACUGUUUAGUUCCAUCGUUAUCAGCCUGCAUCACUCAUUCAUGUACAUUCUUCUACCAGUAUUAAGAAGCAAUGACUAAAGGUUUGUAUAUUCAGUUUUAUUGCAACACAGUAUGAAUAGUUCAGCUUGCACCCUGGAGUAUAUUCUGUUGUUGGUCACACACACUGAGCUGCUGUUAUUGGCCGAGCACAAUAAUAAGACGGAUAGGCUCACAGCAGUUGCUGCUGCAGCCUCGCAAGAAACGUCUCCACUGGGCAGGAUCAGAUAAGAUAAGAUAGAUGUUGAUGUUCAAAGGGAAAUUUAUCUUGGACGCAUCCAGUUUCUGCUGUUCAUAAAACAUAAAAUCACAUGGCAAACAGGAAAAUACCGGGGGGGGGCUGUGAUGACUUUCACUCAUGUUCACUCAGUGACAGUCCAGCCCUGUUUUAUAAUCCAAAAUUGCAUAAUGUCUAAGUCAGACAACAUUUCCCUACACUUUGAUGAGGAGUGUUUCAUUAAAUCCUGUCAAAAGAUUCCCACAUGUGAUGGUGUGCAUGUUUACUGGCCACUGUUUUGCUUUUUUUAAGAGUCUGUGUAGGAAGCAGGGGAGGGAAGGGAAAAAAACACAGCCCUACCUCACAGCCCGUUCAGAACAAUGUGCAGCCUGCAAUUUAACUUGAUCUAUAACAACCUUAAUUUCACAGGCUACUGCUUAUCAGAGUGCAAACCACUGUGGCGCUGGCAGUAAUCCACUCUUCGGCCCAAAACAUGACUCCAUUACAAAACAAGGAAAGUAUUCCUCUAAUUUGAUUUAGUGCCUCUCUGCUAAAGAUUAAAGGCAGCUGUGAAAGAUGAAAAGGCAAGUUGUCUUCAACAAUAAAUAUGUGGGAACUGCCUAAGACCAGUCAGAACUGUCAGGAGAGCAGCCGCCCCUUUUCACACUGCCGACCUCUUUUUCCUUCAAAAUUUGAGGAAACAGAAGUUGUUAUUGUUGCAAUGAUUGUAUUUUGGUCAGAAUUCAGGAGGAUAACUAUGGAGAUAUUUUGAUGUAAUAUUGGAUAACAGUGAUUGAUUCUUAGAGGGAAAAAGAAACUUAAAUUACAAAAGUUUACACAAUUUAUAGCUUUCUUGCUCAGUGGAUCCAAUUUGAAUUGGGGUACUUUUUAUUGCUAAAUUGCUGUUUAUCAAAGAUGAGUUGUUUCUAAUGAACACACAAUGGAUAUGGGCUCAGAAAUUACAAGCCAAAACAAUUAUUUAUAAGCACACAGACAAGAUACUGAUAAGAUCAAAUAAUUUUAGGAUAGUUACAGAUCUAACACAUGAUCAUCCUUUAAGGUUCAUAUCAGAUAUAGACUAAAAACUACUGAUCACAGUAUUCUAUAUGUAAGAGAAGCAAAAGUCCCUUAUUAAUAAUGCAUAACUGAUAAUACGUUCUAGUGAGACUCAUUGCUGCCCAAGCUGCUGUUCUAUCACCUCGUGCCACAUGGUGGAGGCAAAGAUCCAAACUGAAUCUCACACCAAUGAUUCGCAGUUUAUACAGGUUGGAUUAUGACUGACAUCACACAAGGAUAACUUCAGGAACUGGUCAUCUAACAAGUUUAGUUAUGUGGCCUAUCAGUCUGUGAUCCACACAACAUCUGGAUGCGGGAUUAUGUCUCUGUGGUAUCUUCCGUUGAUUAACACUAGAGCUAUUUAAUCAGUUGAAAUAGUAAAAACGUGCUCACAGCAUCUAAAAACCCUUGUCUUA